GCCUGGCGGCCGUGCGGCGAAUCCCGAUUGCCGACCAGCGUCGCGCGGCUUUGCGUUUGAAUUUGGAUUUGCGCGCCGCCGCGCCGGCACGUGCGCGCACCGAUUGCGGGGGCGGAAGACGCGAUUGCGAAACGAGAGCAGCGUUCCGGAAUGACUGGAGAAAUUUUAAUUGAGAGUCGUUUAGAGAAAAUUUAAGAAACUUAUCGAUUGAGAGAAUGUAACGGUUGCGACGUUGGGAAUCCAAGGUUGUGCGUUUACGUGCAAAAUAUAGGCUGUUUACCAACUAAGACACAUUGAUGUUACAUUGUGUUCAAUUGUUUUUGUUUUGGAGAACAAUUAGACUUUUAGACUUAAUUUCUAAUAUACGAAUGACUGAACAAUAAUUUUCUUCCUCUAUAUGAUUCCUAGAUUCUGUUUAUAUUAUAAAUAAACAUAAUUAUGGCAUGUUAAACAUAAAAUAAAUAUUUUGAACAAAUAUAUAUGUCUAUUAAUUACAACCCUCUAAUUUGAAUUUGUUUUAAUUCUGAGAUGUUAUACUGCGAAUGAUUUAUUAAACAAAAAUGCAAGAAGUAUAACACAAAGAAAUUUGAGAUUAUGAAAAACGUCCGUGUUUUGCAUUCUUCUAUCUCCUUAGUUAAAAAAGAAGCGAACCAGUUUCCUGGAUCCGAUUUGGCCAGUAACAGUGUACAAUAUAUAAACAGUAAAUAUAAAUAAAAAUCGAAAAUGUGAAACCGGAGUUUCUUUAGAAACCUUCAAAUAUUUUGUUCGGCACAGAAACGUGUUCAAUAGAUAACUUCGUCGAAAGAUAAACAGAGGGGAUAUAUACAUAAAUAAAGGAGCUACACAUGUCCCCGGUGUCGUGUCAAGUAGCUCUCCUUUAGUUCGAUUACCUCUUGUAUCUACUUUCGACGGAAUCGCUCCUAUUUUCUGGUAUCACUGGCUGUUUCGUUUGUCAAGCGAUUGUUUUAUUCUUCGCGAAAAGACUAGUACAAUUAGAACAAAAGGAGAGGUAGACAAAGUUCGACGAGCACGAACAAUUUAGAGAUAGAUUACGCUUGACAUAUCUCGAAUUUAAAGACCAAGUGUUUCAUAAAUAUAAUUUGUGCCUCUAUUUGGAAAAUGAGCGGCAUAGUAAAAAAAGGUACAACAAUCUUGACCGCCACACCUUUUGCUUUUGCUCUUAAAUCGAAAUGCAGAACCACUCAUUGCGACAACUGCUUUAAGAGCAGCGAAAAUUUGUUAGAAUGCUCUGGUUGUCAGUACGUAUAUUAUUGCGACAGCCAUUGUCAAAAAGAAUCGUGGCGGAUACACAGGGCAGAAUGUGCAGGUCUGAAGAAAAUAUUGCCGCAAGUAUUGCCAGACGAUGCUCGAUUUAUAGCACGUGUAAUUAUCAAGCUCAAUCAAGGUGGGGCUGACGAACUGGGUUACUACACUGAGACAAAUUUUAGAAAAUUCGACGACCUAAUGUCUCAUUAUUCGGACAUAAGAUUCGACCCGGAACGACUGGAACAUGCCAUCGAUUUACGUGAAAUCUUACUACUCGGUUUUCUUGACGAGACUCUUGUGCCAGAGGUGCCUGAUAUGACGAAGUGGGUCGACAUUUAUGGCAAGGCGUUUAUAAACUCCUAUAGUAUACAGGAUCGCGAGAUGGAAAGCAUUGGAACUGGACUUUAUUUGGGAGCAUCUAUAAUAGAUCAUAGUUGCAAACCCAAUGCGAUCGUCACUUUCGAAGGGACCAUGAUCAUUAUCAGAACGUUAACGGAUCUUCCUUCCUUGGACUGGUCGCAGGUAAGCAUAUCGUACGUCGAAUUACUUGAUUCUACAGAGAGCAGGCGCCAAAAACUGCAUGAAAUGCACUACUUCUGGUGUAACUGCGAAAGAUGUGAACAAGAGGACAUAAUGGUCGAAGCAGCCGCGUGUCCAAAUUCAUCAUGCGAUUCACCAUGUUCGAUUAAAGCUGACAAAUGCGGAAACUGCAAUGCGCAAAUAUCUGUAGAAUUUAAAAAGACAUUUGAACAAGUCGUUGACCUUACCGCCAAUUAUUUAAAGUAUUUGAAAGAAGGCGACGAUGAUCUUAACAAUUGGAGUAUAAUUAAGAUGUGCUUGGAGAAACAGAAAGGUGUAAUGCAUAGAUUUAAUAUACAACAUAUCAAUACUCUUAAUCUUGCUCGUGCCAUUGCCAUAAAUCUGGAAUGUUGGGACUAUGCAGAAAUUUAUAACAAAGAACUUUUACCAGGAUAUUCAUUAUAUCACGGAGAAAUAUACCUUGAAACAGGAUUGCUAUAUCUCGAGACGGGAAAUAUACAGUUGAAAUUGAAAAAACCAAAAGAAGCACUUGAAACAUUAAACAAAGCUAAAAUGGUGUUGACGAUAACACACGGUGACGAGCACCCUUUGGUAAGAGAGGAACUGAAACUUUUGCUCAAUGAAGCUAUAGAAUCGAACAAUGAUACUCAGAGCCCAUAACGCUUUCAAAUUUUGUAAAUUUUUAAUAAUGCUGUAUUGAAAACACUAGAUGUAUUUUUUUUUUAAAUUUUCGACAUGUGCUUAUUUUUAUAGUUUUUCAAAUACAAUAAUCUGCAUAAUUAAAUAUUUGUUGAAAUUUUUAUUUUUAUUUUUGUAUUAUUAUUAUUCAGUUAGAACAAUACUAUGUAGUUGAAUAAAUCUAUGUACAAAUAUCUAAACAAUUAUCUCUAAAUUUCACUUAAAAAAAUGUUACAAACUUUUGUUUUAACCCAGUAUAUUUCGUAACAAAAAUGAAGUUCAUAAUUUGUUAGAGACAUUAGAACACUAUUAAAGAAAGUUAACAAUAAGAAUGAAUUUUUUGCAUUUUAAAUGGAAUUAAUUAACUGACAUUAAUAAGUAUUACAAUUAUAUGAAAAAUUUCAAACAUAUUUUUCAAUUUAAUAAUAAUCUUAUGCAAAACAUAAACUAAAGGAAACAUAACAAAGAACGUCAAAAUAAUACUAUUGCUUAGAUGUGCCGUCAAUUUCAAAAAUAUUUACGUAUUGUUUACAUGAAUCU